AUUGCAGGCAAGAUAAUUGUGGCUGUCGAGUUCUCGGGUGUGAGGUCAUCGAUCUGCAGGAACACAAAUAUCUACAAGAUCAUUGAAGUCAUCCAAUAAUAAAGCUUCGAUGUUCACUUCCCAACUACAUCUCAUAAACCAUUUACCACUUUACCACUUUACCACUUUAACACAUAUCAUAUAACACAUACAUAUUCGAGAUGGCGUCUGAUAAAAGCGCACCCGGGGCUCUCCACUGGCGUUCUAAUACGCUAUUCAUCAUUGCCACUGUCGCCGUUGGGCUUUUCACUGAUUUAUUCUUGUACGGAUUGGUGGUUCCCGUCUUACCCUUCAUGUUACGCAAUAGGUUAUCCAUACCUGAAGAUGAGAUACAGUCUUACGUCUCCAAUCUUUUGGCCGCCUAUGCAGGCGCUUCUGUCGUCUCCUCCGUCCCGGCCGGGUGGAUCGCGGAUCGGACGAGUUCGCGGCAGGCCCCGUUUCUAAGUGGCCUAGCCGCUUUGCUAGCAGCCACCAUUAUGCUAGCUCUGGGACAGAGUAUACCCGUGCUCUUCGUCGCUAGGAUCCUACAAGGGAUCAGCGCGGCAGUCGUUUGGACCAUCGGCUUUGCCAUGAUCUUGGACACCGUCGGCCCGCAGGAUUUAGGGAAAGUCGUCGGUUCCAUCUUCUCCUUCAUCUCCGUGGGUGAACUAAUGGCGCCGGUCAUCGGGGGUGUGCUAUAUGAGAAGACCGGAUAUUCGGGUGUUUUCGGGGUGACCGCGGGUGUUUUGGGACUUGAUUUCCUCAUGCGACUCUUAGUAGUGGAGAAGAAGACAGCUGCUAAGUAUAAUGUCGGUCAAAUACCGCAUUCUCAGAAUGGGGAGCAAGAUUCGUAUCAAGACUAUGGAACAGCCCAAGGUGAAGACGUCGAAGACGCUAAUAAUCGUGAAGAUGCUACCGAACACGACGCCUUAUUGCAUAACAAAAACCUCAAAGACAACGAGAUAUACAAGAUUCGCCACGAACCUGACCGAAUCGUCCGAGCAUUUCCAAUACUAGUCUGCUUCCGGAGCCCUAGACUCCUUGUAGGGAUGGUCCUAGCAUUCGUCCAAGCUUCUCUCCUAGCCGUUUUUGAUGCCACGAUCCCGACAGAAGCGCAGAGCCUCUUCGAAUUCACCUCGCUACAGGCAGGACUUCUGUUUAUUGCUCUAGAUGUUCCCUAUCUCAUACUAGGGCCCGUAGCUGGGUGGGCAGUAGACCGAUAUGGCACCAAGUUAGCUGCCGUCGUUGGAUUCGGAUACUUAGUUCCCCCCUUCAUUCUGCUCCGACUCCCAUCGGACAACCUAUUAUCUGGAACAAGUAACGUUAUCCUAUACUGCGCCAUGUUAUCCCUGAAUGGCGUGGGCCUGGCCAUAAUAGGUUCGCUUGGUGUGGUUGAGGCCAGCGACGUUGUUGGGAAAUUCAAUCAGGCCAAUCCGGGGUUCUUUGGUGCUAACGGCCCAUACGCUCAGCUGUACGGCUUCAAUUCAUUAUUCUUCUGCACAGGGCUUACUAUCGGUCCUGUCGUGGCAGGAGCUCUUCGUGACGGGAUCGGAUAUGGCAAUAUGAAUAUUGUAUUUGCUUUUAUAUCAGCUGCUACCGCUGUUCUGUCGUUCUUUGUUAUUGGCGGGAAGCCUCACUGGAAUCGUAUCCGUCAUCUCUAAGGACGAGACAAUAAAACAAUAAUGUUUUUACUGGAUAACAUAUUUUAACUAAUAACAUCUCUACUAUAAACAUAGCGUCAUGGACAAACCAAAUACCGAACGAGAGCUGUGAUUAUCUAUCUGAGCUACUGGUCCUGAACUUUGAGUAGUCGUCUUAACAAGUAUAUUUAAAAUCAUAUACUAGAAUAAUAGCGAAGGAGAUGAUAAAUCCGACAGGAUCCAAGAGAAAUUUGGGGUAUCAAUCCAUCAGGACGCAAGUAUCCAGACUGCCCCGGCCCUUUCAAAAAAGAAAAAAGAAAAAAAAAGAAAGUCUCUGCUCUUGUCUAAUCAGCGAAGCGGCAGGCUAAUAAAGCUCCAAAGAAACUUUAUACUUGCAACCACGCAAAAGAGGAUAUGCGAAAGACUAUUAUUAAUUCCCCCGUCUUGCGAUUCCCCUCAUCUUGAAAUGAAUGGGUAUCAGGUUCGUGUCAUCAAUCAUCAGC